ACGCGGUGACAAGAGGUGCUGCGUCCGUCCCCGCGGCAGAAGCGCUGUCUCCCGGUCGUUUUCAGUUCGUUCGAGUCCCAUCCUUGCCGCCGUCGCCACCAUGCCCCGCGGGAGCCGCAGCGCGGCCGCCCGGCCCUCCAGCCACCCCUCUGCCCACCCGCCGGCGCACCCGCCACCCUCUGUGCCAGCUCCAGCCCCAGCCGCUCCAGGCCAGCCGGGCCUCAUGGCUCAGAUGGCGUCCACAGCCGCGGGGGUGGCCGUGGGCUCGGCCGUGGGCCACGUGAUGGGCAGCGCGCUGACCGGAGCCUUCAGCGGAGGAAGCUCGGAGCCCGCCCAGCCCACCACUCAGCAGGCCCCCGCCCGAGCUGCCCCCCAGCCCCACCAGCUGGGCCCGUGCGCCUAUGAGAUCAGGCAGUUCCUCGACUGCUCAACCACGCAGAGUGACCUGUCCCUGUGUGAGGGCUUCAGCGAGGCCUUGAAGCAGUGCAAGUACAACCACGGCUUGAGCUCCCUGCCCUGAGGGGCCCACACUGGACUCAGAACCCUGCCAGAAACCCUGCACCUGCCGCUCACCGACAACGGACCAUGAAGUCAGAUUGUACCCCUGUGGUGGUGGUGGUGGGGUGCUCUCCCCCCACAGAAGACCCGAGACACAACUGUGCAAUUAAAAAGCUGAUUUUAGACCCCAACGGGGUUCCCGUG